AUGACAGACUUGCUUACUCCAACCGCCUUGUCAAUGGUGGCAUGCGUCUCUGUGAUUGCUCUCACAGUAGCUAUCUACUUUCGUCUCUUCUAUGUCGAUUUUGCCGCGAUAGAGGGGAUCCCGGAGAUCCCGGGCAAUUCCCUGUUGCAUGGGCACCUCUACAUGCUGGGACAAGACCAUGCCACCACAGCACAGAAGUGGUCACAGGAUUAUGGCUGGCCAAUUUACCAGAUAAGGCUUGGGAAUCGGCGUGUGGUGAUCCUCAACGGCUUUGAGGUUGCGAGAGAAUGGCUAGUCACUCGCCAGAACUAUACUGUUGACAGACCUUUGUUAUACACAUUUCACAAUGUUGUCUCCAAAACAUCAGCUUCGACUAUUGGGACCAACCCUUGGAAUGAACACACCAGAAAACAGCGGCGGGUCGUCGGCUCCUUAACAACAUCGCCGGCGAUGAAAAGACUUGAAGGGAUGUUGGACCUCGAAACAUCCCGCAUGGUUGAGGGUCUCUUCAAGGAAAGCAGAGGAGGCAAUGCGAUAUCUCCCCAUAUUUACCAGAAGCGGUUGGCGCUCAAUGUUGUCCUUAUGUUCUGUUACGGCAGGCGCUUCGAAGACAUCGCCGACCCACUGCUUCUUCGCAUCCUGGAUGACGCCAAAACAAUUUCAAGGCGUUUUUCGAUCGACCAAUGCAAAUGCGCAGGAUUACAUUCCAUAUCUCAGAUCUCAUCUCUUUCGCGACGAAGCCCGCUCCGCUGUUGCUAA